GAUCUUCCUCCCACUGCUCUUCCUUCCGCCAUGGCGCUGGGCUCCUCUCUCAACUCGCCCGUCAUCCCCCUCCUGGUCGCGCUUUACGGCGGGCUCUACUUGUAUGAUCGCCGCCGGCGCCAGCUGCAGCUCCCCACGCCGCCUGGACCGCCUGGACUCCCUAUCGUGGGCAACCUCUUCGACGCGCCGUCCGACUUCCAGUGGGAGAAGUUCGCGGAGUGGGCGAGGGAGUACGAUUCGGACUUAAUCUACAUCAAUGUCGCUGGGCAGGCGAUUGUUAGCCUACAGUCCUUCGAGGCGUGCAUUGACCUCCUUGAGAGGAGAUCAAGUAUCUACUCAAGUCGCGUCGACACCCCAAUGCUCGACCUGAUGGGAUGGGAUUUCCAGUUCUCGGCGAUGAAAUACGGUCCUUACUGGAGAGCGCAUCGACGUGCUUUCCAUAGCGCGUUCAACAUCGAUGCUGCCCGACGCUUCCUCCCUCAACAGGCGAAGGCCACGAAGAUGUUCCUCCGUCGUAUGCUCAACGCGUCCCCGAGCUCUCUCGACAAGGAGCUGCGAUAUAUGGUUGGCUCCACCAUCAUGGACAUCACCUACGCCAUCGACGCAAAGCCGGAGCACGACCCCUACAUCGACACGGCCGACAUCGCCUUCCGCGAAGCCGCCAAAGCAGGCAUUCCUGGCGCGUACUUGGUCAGCAUCUUCCCGUUCUUGAAGAACGUGCCCGACUGGAUGCCGGGGGCUGGGUUCAAGCGAUACGCGAAGGAGUGGAAGGAGGUCACCAUGAAAAUGAUCAACGCGCCGUACGAGGAGGCAAAACGGCAGAUGACUGCCGACCCGAACCGAGAGUCCUUCGUCUCCCUUCUCUUGAGCAAGGCCCGCGCGAAAGGCGACGGCGAGGAGGACAUGGAGACCAUCAUCAGGAACACCGCUGCGCUGACCUACAUCGGCGCCAUGGACACGACCGUCGCCACGAUCCUCAACUUCACGCUCGAUAUGCUCGCCAACCCCGAGGUCCAACGACGCGCGCAAGCGGAACUCGACUCCGUCCUGGAGCCUGGUCGCUUACCCGAGUAUGGCGACGAGGACCGACUGCCCUACAUCACCGCCAUCAUGAAGGAGACGAUGCGCUUGUACCCGGUGGCGCCGAUGGCGCUGCCACAUCUGCAUAGCGGGAAGACGGAUGACGUCUAUCGUGAAUACCUAAUCCCUAAAGGUGCCUUCUUAAUCCCCAAUACUUGGGCGCUAGCGCACGAUGAAAAAAUGUACCCCGAUCCAUACGCCUACAAGCCUGAGAGGUUCCUAACCGCGGACGGCAAGCUCAACCCCGAUGUCCGGGAUCCCAGCCUAUACGCCUUCGGUUUCGGCCGUCGUAUCUGCCCCGGGCGGCAUAUGGCCCUCUCGUCUGUCUGGCACGCCAUCGCAUCGAUUUUGCGCGUGUACAACAUCGAGAAGGCGAAGCGGCCCGACGGGACCGUUAUCGAGCCAGUACGCGAGUACAAGUCAUCGCUGUUAUACUCUCCGGAACACUUCGAGUGCCAGUAUGUUCCUAGGAGCGAGGAGGCGAUAGCGAUGAUCCAGGCGACUGCAGGACGGGAGACGGCGGUGUAAACCUGGUACGGAUCUCCACAGCAACUCGCCUGUCAAGCAGUAAUGCCAUGCUGUAGACGAUUGAUCAGAUUCAUGUCUACUUUCGCGCGCAUUUACAGUCUUUGGCAGUGCGGACCGUACAACACGGGCAUCGUCAAAUAUUGCAGGCCCGGAAGUUUCUCGCCUCUCCAAACCAAAGGUCGCCUCCUCGAUUCAAGUGCGGCGAGCAAAGCUCGUGCGAACGAGACGUUGAAUAUCAUAUGCUCCUUAGCGUAGUCCCUGGCAUACUGGAACGACAGCGUCAAUCGCUCGAGACGCGGUAAAA